AUGGAAAGUCCUUAUAGAGUAUCUUUAUUUGUGCCUGCUGAUCAUGCCUGCCCUUGUGUAUUUCAGCAGCUUGUACCCAUUAAUGCUCUUGAACAUUACAGAUUAGCAGCAUUAGCAGUGCUUUUGGCACUGACACUAGCACAGAAACAAAAUACUUUGGUGCUAGUGGACACGUUAGCGACUCGGGAGACUCAUUCUAUCUUCCUGAAGUCACUCCAAGAACGUGGUCAUGAAGUUACCGUGAAAGCUGCUGAUGACCCAUCACUCCAGCUCUCCAGAUUUGGGGAAUAUAUCUAUCAAAACCUGGUGAUUCUUGCUCCAGGAGUAGAAGAAUUUGGUGGGGCUCUCAGUGUUGAGGCUAUCGUUGAGUUCAUUGAUGGCAGUGGGAAUGUCCUGGUUGCUGGAUCUCGAGAAGCUGCUGAUCUUAUCCGUGAGCUUGUGACAGAAGUUGGUGUGGAAAUGGAUGAGGAAGGAGCAGCCGUCAUUGACCAUUUGCACUAUGAUGCAAAUGAUGAUGGGCAGGUAAACGCUAUGGAUUUCUCAAAAUUGUUCUCAGUAAAAUAUUCACUGAUUGUGAUGCAUUUUUUCAUAUCAGAGGAUUUUUUCUUUUUUCACCUAAAUCCCAUAGGUCAGAAUAUGCUGUUAGUUGCUGCUCUGCAAGCUCGCAACAAUGCAAGAGUGGUAGUUUCUGGCUCACUAGAGUUCUUCUCCGAUGCCUUUAUCAUGGCCUCUGUCCAGACACCACAGGGUAAAUUUUAUGAACGUUCUGGCAACGGCAAAGUAGUAGAAGCUCUUAGUCGCUGGGUAUUUCGGGAGGAGGGCGUCCUGCGUGUCGUAUCUAUUGAACAUCAUCUUCAGGGAGAUUCUCAACCUCCAGUUGCAUACACUAUCAAGGAAGAUGUGGAGUACAAAAUCAUGGUUGAGAGGCUUGUGAAUGGCUCAUGGAAACCAUUCAUGGCAGAUGAUGUGCAGAUGGACUUUGUUCGCAUUGACCCAUUCAUCAGGCUGACCAUGACACCCAGUCCUGAAGGGAUUUUCUCAGUCAAGUUUACGGUACCUGAUGUCUAUGGUGUAUACCAGUUCAAGGUGGAGUACAAUCGUGUUGGUUUUACACGUCUUUACAGUUCCACUCAGGUAUCAGUUCGGCCAUUCACUCACCGAGAGUACGAGAGAUUUAUUGAGUGUGCCUUCCCAUAUUAUGCUAGUGCCUUCUCCAUGAUGUUUGGUGUCUGGUUAUUUUCCAUGGUUUUCUUGCACCACAAAGAACCUAUCCCCAAACGUAAGGCCGAAUAAGUUUGCUUGUUUGACCUAAUAGAACUAGUUAACUUCACCAUUCCUGCUGUUUCUUUCAGCUGUUGUUUGUGUAGAAGAGAUGCACAAGAAGCAUAUUCAUAAUUUUACAUUUUGUAACUACAGGAUUUUUCAUCAUUCUUAAUAUUGAUAUACUGUAAUUUGGAACUGCAUGUAAAUAUUUUUAUUUUUUUUAUAUGAACUUG